AUGGAGAAGCACAUUUUCUUACUGAUUCUUCUACUUGUAAUUCAAUAUUACUCUGUUGCUUCCUCAAAUGAAACUGAUCAACAAGCUCUACUAGCUUUCAAAAAUCUUAUUACAAGUCCUAAUCAUUUUUUGGCCAAUAAUUGGACCAAAAUACUCUUUUGCUCUUGGUUUGGUGUCACUUGUAGUUCAAAAAGGCAAAGGGUUGUGGCCUUGGCUCUUCCUAAUUUGCAAAUUCAAGGCACAAUUUCCCCGUCUUUGGCCAAUCUGUCCUUCCUCAGUGUUCUCAAUCUCGAGAACAACAGCUUCCGCGGUGGCAUCCCUUAUGGACUUGGCCACUUGCCUCGCUUGCGAGUGAUUGAUAUUCAAAACAAUCAGCUCAACGAAAGUAUACCAACAAGUCUAUUUCAAAACCGGAGAGUUCAAGUAAUUUCAUUGGCUUUCAAUGAACUCAGUGGUGAAAUGUGGAGAGGGCCAUGGUAUGUACCCCAACUCAGAGUCUUAAAUCUCAGGAACAAUAGUCUCAUCGGUAUAAUCCCUCCUUCUGUUGGAAAUGCCACAAAAAUGAUGAACUUCAGUUUGUCUGGGAAUAGAUUCAGCGGCAACAUUCCUAAGGAGGUCGGUAAUCUGAGCCAACUUGCAGACAUGUCCUUGACUGAUAAUCAGUUAACAGGUUCCAUUCCCGUAGAACUGUUUAAUAUCUCGUCACUACUGUCCAUAAAUCUGCGACACAAUAGCCUUUCCGGCCCUCUCUUGCUUGGUCAAGGGAAUAUUGUAUCAAAUCUGGAGCAUUUAAUUAUAUCUUUCAACCAAAUUUCUGGUUGCAUUCUUUCCAACAUAUGCCAACUCACAGAGCUCAAAGUAUUGUCCAUAGUUUACAACAACAUAACUGGAGAAAUACCCAGAAAUAUUGAUUGUUUAUCCAAACUCGAGAUGUUUCUUAUUGGUGGUAAUCCAAUUAAAGGGACUAUCCCCACUUCAUUGGGAAAUAUUUCCACUCUACAAUAUCUUUAUUGUGGAGAAAAUCACAUAGUAGGGAAAAUUCCUCAAGAAUUAGGGAAGCUAUCAAAGUUGAGGGUAUUAGUCAUUGAGGACAAUUCUAAUCUUAUUGGUCAAAUUCCAGAGGCUAUUUUCAACAUAUCUUCUUUGGAAGUGAUUGCUUUCAGUUUCAAUAACCUCUUGGGGAGAAUUCCAACCACUACAGGUCUUCAUCUUCCGAACCUUAAAGAACUCUACUUGGGAGACAAUCAGCUUGAAGGGGAAAUUCCAUUGUUCAUAACAAAUGCUUCCAAGCUUGAGAAAUUGGAGCUAAAUGAUAACUUUCUGUCAGGAACUAUUCCUACUAAUUUGGGAAAUCUUCAUGAGCUGCGAUAUCUCUUCCUACAUCAUAAUCAACUAACCAAUGAACCAAGAGAGUGUGAGUUGUUAUUCUUCAAUUCAUUGGCGGACUGUAAGAUGUUGAAAUAUCUACAAGUGGGUUUCAAUCUGUUGAAUGGCGCUCUGCCAAAUUCUAUUGGGAAUCUUUCAUCUACUAUUCAAAACUUUCAUAUAGGACAUGCACACAUCAACGGCCUCAUCCCCACAGGUAUAAGCAACAUGAGCGGUCUAAUGACCCUAUACUUUCAAGGAAACAACUUGACAGGGAGUAUUCCUCCUGAGAUUGGUAAGCUUAAACAACUCCAAGGUCUGUAUCUACGUUACAAUAAAUUGCAGGGACAUAUUUCUGAGGCAGUAUGCAAUUUAUCUAAUUUGGUUCAAUUAUAUCUGGAACAUAAUGAGCUCACUGGAGUGAUCCCAGAAUGUAUAGGAGAUCUAAGCUUGCUACAACAUCUUUAUUUGGAUUCUAAUAAAUUUUCAUCAAAAUUUCCGUUGAGUCUUUGGAAGAUGAGUGGUCUUCUCUAUCUAAGUGUGUCACGAAAUUCUUUAGAGGGAGAAGUUCCAUCAGAUAUUGGAGAACUGAAAGCCAUUGUAGGACUAUAUCUUUGCAGUAACCACUUUUCAGGCGUGAUACCAACCAGAUUCGGGGAACUCCAAAACCUGCAGUAUCUUGACCUAUCCAACAAUUCAUUUUUUGGCCAAAUUCCAUUAUCCUUUGCCAACUUGAUAAGCUUGGAAUUCUUGAAUUUGUCUUCAAAUGCAUUGUCAGGUACUAUUCCCAAGUCUUUGGAAAAACUCUCAUACCUUAAAAGCAUUAAUGUUUCAUUUAAUUAUUUAGAAGGUGAAAUACCGAGUGGUGGCGUGUUUGCAAAUUCCACUCUUCAAUCAUUUCUCAGGAACAAAGGUCUAUGUGGAAUGCACAUAUUGGAGAUUCCUGCUUGCGCUAUCAAUAAUCCUGGAAAACAAUCAAAGCUUAAGGAGGUUCUGCUGAAAAUUGUUACUCCAGUGGUUAUAUCAUCCUUGUUGAUAUUCUUGUUGGUUUUAAUUUGGAUAAUGAAACAACAAAAUAAAGGAAAGUUCAAAGAUGUUGAAAAGGUACGGGAGAUUGGGACUCAUCAGUUAGUUUCUUAUCAUGAGAUUCAACUAGCAACAAAUAAUUUUGAUGAAUCCAAUUUAAUUGGUGAGGGAAGCUCUGGUUCUGUUUACAAAGGCACAUUAUCUAGUGGAACUGUAGUGGCCAUUAAGGUUCUGGAUUUGGAAAAUGAGCAAGUAUGCAAGAGGUUUGAUACCGAAUGCGAAGUGAUGAGAAAUGUUAGACACAGAAAUAUUGUUCCAGUUAUUACUACUUGUUCUAGUGACUAUAUAAGAGCCUUUGUUCUGCGAUAUAUGCCCAACGGGAGUCUUGAGAAUUGGUUGUACAGAGAAGAUUGCCACUUGAAUCUUCAUCAAAGAGUCACCAUAAUGCUUGACGUGGCAAUGGCAAUUGAAUAUCUACAUCAUGGUCAUGUCACUCCAAUAGUUCAUUGCGACUUAAAGCCAGCCAACGUUCUUUUGGAUGAAGAUAUGGUGGCUCAAGUUGGUGAUUUUGGCAUCUCUAAAAUUUUAGCCAUAAGUAAGUCCAUGGCACAUACCGAGACAUUGGGAACUCUUGGAUACAUUGCACCAGAAUAUGGCUCAGAGGGAAUAGUGUCCACUAGUGGUGAUGUUUAUAGUUAUGGCAUCAUGUUGAUGGAGGUUUUGACCAAAAGAAGGCCAACAGAUGAAGAGAUAUUCCAUGGAGAUCUUGACUUGAGGAAAUGGAUAACACAAUUAUUUUCAGGGACUAUGAUGGACGUUGUGGAUGCCAAUAUUUUUUCCGAGGAAAAACAGAUCACUUCCAAAAGUGAAAUCUGCAUCGUGUCCAUGAUAGAAUUGGCUUUAGACUGCACAAAGGAAAUGCCAGAAUCAAGAAUAACCAUGAAAGAAGUAGUCAAAAGGCUUAACAAAAUCAACAACACAUUUCUGGAAACAUAGAAAUCUCUUUCGGUGGUGUUCUUUCUGUGCUGCAAGUUAACAUGUUGCUUUUUGUUUACUUGUUUGUUGAAUAUAGUCGUCGUUUGUUCUACCUGUAGACAUGUACUGUUUGUACUUCAGAGUGUUGCAUUUCCCUCAUUUUGUGAUUUAAGAUUUGAGUAGUCUUUAAUAUGUUUUGAAUGCUUGA